AUGGGACUCCUCGCAGAAAACAAGACUCGACGGAAGAUCAACAAGGAUCCAAACAACACAAAAUGGACUAAAGAUACGAAUACUUUCGGCCAGAAGAUCCUGCGAGCUCAAGGCUGGCAACCGGGCCAGUUCCUCGGAGCACAAGAUGCGCCGCACUCGGAAUUGCACACGGCCGCCAACGCCUCAUAUAUUCGCGUGGUGCUUAAGGAUGACAUGAAGGGAUUGGGCUUCAGCAAGUCGAAAGAGGAUGAAGUUACUGGUCUAGAUGUCUUCCAAGAUCUGCUCAGUCGGCUCAACGGAAAGACGGAUGAUGCUAUCGAGGAGGAUCAACAAGCGCGACUCGCUGUGAAGACGCACCACUUUGUUGAGCAACGAUACGGAGUCAUGAAGUUUGUCUACGGUGGCCUACUGGUGGGCGACGAGAUGAAGGGAGUGGAAGAGAAGAAGGCCGACCAGCAAACAGAGUCAAACUCCGACGAUGAUGUUGUCAUGGAGUCUGCCCCUGCACUGAAAGAAUCCAAAAAGGAGAAGAAGUCUAAGAAGAGAAAGGCAACCGACGACGAGGACGACGAGGAAACUACAAGUCGAGAAACAGAUUCGAAGAGCAAGAAAAGACGCAAGGAAGAGCGAAAAGUAAAGGAGGGCGACAUUGAUGAGGCCAGGGCCAAGAAGAAGAAAGAGAAAAAAGACAAGAAGGAGAGGUCCCUCAAAAAGUCUACAGAGGAUAUCUCAGACGACGAGAACGUCGAAGAGCGCUCAAAGAAGCGAAAGUCCAAGUCCAAGUCCAAGUCCAAGAGCCGGUCCCCCGAGGGCUCAGACGAAGAAAAGGUGAAGGAAAAGAAGUCUAAGAAAGAUAAGAAAGAUAAGAAGAAGCGCAAGAAGGAAGAGCAAGCAUCCGAAUCAACCAGCACAUCGGUCACGCAGAACUCUACGCCCACGGCUUCGGUCCCCGGAACAGGAGCCACAACACCAUCUGGCACAUCGACACCUAGAGGGAGCAGGAAUUUCGUGCGGUCACGAUUUAUUGCGCAGAAGCGACAGGCUGUGCUUGACACCAAGGCACUGAACCAGAUUUUCAUGGUCAAAGCAUAG